UCUCUCUUGUGCUGUAGAGGGCGUAGAGCUGUGAACUGGGCACCCGAGAAAGCGUGCGAGAGGAAUCUGGGCCUAGGCGGUAUCGCGUCCAGCCGUAGCUGGUACUUUUAUUCAGUAAUUAUUCUAUUUUCGAAUUGUUUACAGGCCACGUUCUCACUGGAAGGUAACCGAUGGGGCGUUACGACGCCAACCUUGUUACAUAAACCCCAAACGUUGCAGUGUUGUGGGUGUCAACUGUGUAUCUCCAGCAUGUCUGAAGGCCUGUUCGAGAAGUUCCUGGCCCCCGAUGACCCGUUUCCCCUGCUGUCCCAGCGAGGCAGUGUAAGCGAGGAGGGUUGCCUGGAUGUCAGUGACUUUGGGUGCCAGCUGUCUUCCUGUCACCGUACGGACCCAUUACAUCGUUUCCACUCCAACAGGUGGAACUUGACGUCUUGUGGAACUAGUGUGGCUAGUUCUGAAUGCAGUGAGGAAUUAUUUUCUUCAGUUUCAGUCGGAGACCAAGAUGACUGCUAUUCCCUGCUGGAUGAUCAGGAAUUCACAUCUUUCGAUCUGUUUCCUGAGGGGAGCGUCUGCAGUGAUGUUUCUUCAUCAAUUAGUACAUACUGGGACUGGUCUGAUAGCGAGUUUGAGUGGCAAUUGCCAGGCAGUGACAUUGCAAGCGGCAGUGAUGUGCUUUCAGAUAUCAUUCCCAGCAUCCCCAGCUCUCCCUGUCUCCCAUCUAAGAAGAAAAACAAGCACAGGAACUUGGAUGAGCUUCCUUGGAGUGCCAUGACAAAUGACGAGCAGGUCGAAUAUAUUGAAUAUCUCAGCCGGAAAGUCAGUACUGAGAUGGGACUUCGAGAACAACUUGACAUAAUAAAGAUUAUUGACCCUACAGCUCAGAUAUCUCCCACAGACAGCGAGUUUAUUAUCGAGCUGAACUGUCUCACUGAUGAAAAACUCAAACAGGUUAGAAGCUAUAUUAAGGAGCAUAGCCCACGACAGCGCUCAACACGGGAUGGCUGGAAGAGAACCAAUUACAGCGGGGCCAGUACCAGCGGGUUAAGUGGAGCCAGUGUGAGCAGCAGCAGUGCCAGCAUGGUCAGCACAGCCAGUAGUAGUGGCUCAAGUGGCGGCAACUCUGCAUCUAAUUCCAGUGCCAACAUGAGCCGAACUCACAGUGACAGUAAUUUAUCUGCAAGUGCUGCAGAGAGGAUUCGAGACUCAAAGAAACGAUCUAAGCAACGGAAACUACAGCAGAAAGCAUUGCGGAAGCGGCAGCUGAAGGAACAGAGACAAGCCAGGAAGGAGAGAAUCAGUGGCCUAUUUCUUAAUGAAGAAGUGCUCUCCUUAAAAGUAAAUGAGGAAGAUCACGAAGACGACGUAGAUGUCUUAAUGUGACGAGAGUGAAACGAUCAGUGUUCUUCCUAAGACUUUGCAGGACAUAUUCAUUUAUAUCAAGAAAUCUCCUCUUGUUGAGGAGAGGCUACAUUUGCAUACCACAAUAUCUCAGCUCUUAAUACUGUAAAGUGAGAAUAUAUUCUUCUUUGUUUUACACUUUAGCCUGAAAGCCCAAAUAGGUGAAGAUAUCUAAACACCUGGGUCUAUAUUUAAAUGACUGAGCCAUAAAUGACCUGGGUUAAAGCAUGUAUUUAUAUAUGGCAGAGUCUGCAGUUUAAAUCCACUAUAUUAAGGCAAAAUCAUCACUAAAAGAUUUUUUUUUUUCUUCUCUAAAUAUCUUCUAAAUGAUCAUUUAUUAUUUAAAGGGCCAUUAUAAUAAAAAAAUGACAAGCUCUAAUCCUACCUUGCAGUACUCUGUCUAACCCCUGCAAUGUGUGGUUAAACACACACUAGAAAAACAGCUUGGGACUUGUAGUGCACUGCUGGUCCUAAGAGGAAGUCGCCACUGAUCCAAUCAGCAGCGCUAUUCACACAACUCAGAUGUGCAACUAGCGCUGCUUAUUGGAUAGGCGAUGUUUUCCACUCAGGACCAGAAGUUCACUGUGGUAUUUCUACUGCAUCUUUAACCCCUAUACAGAGGUUAAGCACACAGUACUGCAGGUUCGAUAGUCUUAAAAUUACAUGGAUCAAUGCAUGUAAUUUUUUAAUAAUAAUGGCCCUUUAAGCAUUCUAGAGUAAAUAAAAACUGAAAUGUCCAUUACAUUUCACCUGAUACUGCCUGUUUACACUAGUCCCGGAUAAGAAUGAAUCUUUGGUUUUUCUAGCAUUUAAAAUUGAGUGGACUAGUAAAUAUUUUCCCUGGUCUGGUAAUUUACAGAGGUAUUUUUCCCACUUAUAUACAUUUUUUUUUAAACUGUCUCACAGUAAUAAUUUACACCCUCUAUACCCAAUGGGCAUUGUUUUCAAAAUUAUUUUGGAACAAAAAUGUUUAAUCUAUAUACAGGAACACCUGUAGUCUUUCUUUGCCUCAAAAAAAAAAGUUAUUUUUGCAAAAGUAGGUGGGUUUUACCCCCUCCUUUUCCUCCUCUAGGGAGUAGAAAAAGGUGUACAUUGAUUUUUCAAAAGAGGCAAAGAAACUUGCCUAGUUGGCUUGAAACUUUUUGUUUAACAUGUUUAAAAAGUCAUUUGGUUGGGGUAUAUUAUCCUGUAUCAGAGAUUUUAUCCCACCUCAAACAAAUAUAUCAUUUGCCAUGCUGAUACAAUCCGAAAUCUAUGUGCUUAAUGCAACAAAGUAGUGAUGUAUUAUGUACAUCUCUUCCAAAGCCCUGCGAUGACUGCAUUGUAAGGAUGCAUAUAAAAUAUAUAUAUAUAUAUAUGUGGGCAGUAAAUGGAAAUUAAAGUUUCAUGAUUUAGAUUGAGCAAGCAAGUACUAAACACGUGCAUGCUCUUAGAUUUACUUUUCAACAAAGGUUACCAAGAGAACAAAGCAUAGUUGAUAGUAAAUAAAAAGUUUCUUGAAUUGCA